AGGGGCCCUAGUAGACUCAGGGGCCACCCGCAGCUAUAUUAGUAAGAAGGCGCUGCAAAAGUUGAAGCUGGGACUUAAAGUCCAAAAGCUAGCAGACCCUAUAGUUAGUAUCCUCGUAGACAAUCGUACCAUGGUUGUAGAGGAUUACGUAGAGGGAGUCCAGGCGUAUUUUCGCCUAGAGAAGGAUGGGAAAGUGGAAAAGGUCCUCCACUCCCUGACUCUCCUCGUAGAAGACAGCCUCCCAUUUGAUAUUGUUCAGGGGAUGGAUUGGGGAGAGGCAGCCGGGGCCACGCUCCAUUUGAAGGAGCACGAGUGUAGGCUCCCUAGUUCUUCAGGCGAGGCCAAGACUGCCCGCCUAUUCCAUGUGUCAGGAAUAGAGAAUCCCUUGGCACAUUGCUGCCUUAGUGCUCCUGCGUUCGCCAGAUUAGUAAAGAAGGAGAAACUGGAGGAACAUGUUUUUGUCGCCUAUGUUAGGCCGGUGACUGAGCCUACGGAAGAAAAGCCGAUGGACCCUGCGAUUGCCAAGCUGCUGAAAGAGUUCCAGGAUCUAACUGAGCUGCCGAUAGGAGUAGUACCGCAGCCCAUCCAGCACCGCAUUGAGAUAGAGCCUAGCAGUAGAACUCCUAAGGGUGUUGUGUAUAGGAUGUCCCCACGGGAGUUAGAGGAGCUUCGCAAGCAAUUAGACAAGCUCCUCGAGAAGGGUUGGAUUAGGCCCAGUUCGUUUCCUUUUGGAGCACCUGUUCUCUUCGUUCCUAAGAAAGAGGGAGAGCUGAGGAUGUGCAUAGACUAUAGGGGUCUGAAUGCUAUUACAGUAAAGAAUGAUGAGCCACUGUCUAGGAUAGACGAUCUCUUAGAUCGAGUGCAGGGGGCGAAGUAUUUUUCCAAGAUAGAUUUUAAGUCCGGGUAUCAUCAGAUAGAAGUGCAUCCUGAUGAUCAGUAUAAGACAGCCUUCCGGACUAGAUAUGGGCACUAUGAGUUCAUAGUAAUGCCCUUUGGGCUAACCAAUGCGCCAGCUACAUUCCAGCGCUGUAUGAACGAUUUGUUUAGGCCGUGGUUAGACAGAUUUGUUGUAGUUUACCUAGAUGACAUUCUAGUGUUUAGCAGGACCCUCGAAGAGCAUCAGGGUCAUCUCAGGCAGGUCUUGGAGAAGCUGAGGGAAGCUAACUUCAAAAUCAAUGCAAACAAGUGCGAUAAGGCGAAAACCCAAGUUUUGUACUUAGGCCACGUCUUAGACGGAGACGACAUUAAACCAAAGGAUAGCAAGAUCGCAGCGAUUAGAGAUUGGCCCACACCACGCACGCUGACAGAGUUGCGCUCGUUCCUGGGCCUAGCUAAUUACUACCGGAAGUUCGUGAGGUACUUCUCUACCAUCACUGCGCCCCUUCGCAGACUACUGAGAAAGGAGACCAUCUGGAAGUGGGAUAAGGACUGCACGUUUGCCAUGAAAAAGUUAAAGCAGGCAUUGAUAGAUUAUCCAGUCCUUAAAGUCGCCGAUCCGUCUUUGCCCUUUGUCGUCACGACCGAUGCGAGUCAAUACGGCAUAGGCGCAGUGUUACAGCAAGACGAUGGCAAUGGGUAUAGACCAGUAGAGUUCAUGUCCGCCAGAAUGCCUUCAGAGAAGGUUGCGACAUCCACCUAUGAGAGAGAACUCUAUGCUCUCAGGCAAGCCUUAGACCACUGGAAACACUACUUGCUUGGGAGGCACUUCAAAGUCUAUUCCGACCAUGAAACGUUACGAUGGUUAAAGACGCAGGCCAAGAUGACACCUAAGCUUACUAGGUGGGCCGCAGAGAUAGAUCAGUACGACUUCGAGCUCAAGCCUGUCAAGGGGAAGUACAAUGUAGUCGCGGAUGCUCUAAGUAGAAGAGUUGAUUACUUUGGGGCAAUAGUACAUUACCUCGAUAUAGGGAAGGAUCUGCAGCAGAAGGUUAGAGAAGCCUACGUGCAGGACCCUAUCUACAGUGACCUCCUCAAGAAGGUCAAGGAGGCCCCAGAGACUGAACCGAACUACCGCACUACUGAGGGGUUGCUUUUUUAGAAGACUAAUGUUUUUGACCGGCUGUGCAUCCCCAAUAGUGAAGAGAUCCGUAGUUCGAUUUUGGGGGAAUGCCACGACACA